AUCUUCUCUCCAAGGAUUUGUUUUCCGUGAGAGACUAACAAAGAGCUCUCUCUCGAUUUCGAUUUUGUUCGUAUGUGUCAGUUAGGGUUCUUUUGGGGAACGAUCCUCAUCAUCCUCGUAUGUAUAUAAUUGGGGUUUCAGAUUUGAGUUUCCUUUUCCUCUAAAUUAUGGUUUUUGAUUAGUGGGUUUUCUUGAUCCAACAAUUUCCAGAUUCAUUUGAAAGAGAUUUUGUUCUGAAUCAGAUUCGUUCAUCUCUUCUCUCUCACUAGGGCUACCCUACCAAAGCUCGGGGAUGUUUUUACUUGAGCUUCGAUUUUUAGUUUUUGCAGAGAUUUUAGGAACAAGUAUGAUUAUUUGAAGAAUUUUGGGAGAGAGACGUUGUAAAAAUGCGGGUGCUUGGUUUGAGCUCAAGCUUAUGUUCUGGUGACGAGAAGCAACAAGACAUCAGAGGAGGAGGAGGAGGAGGAGAAGGCGUUCUCACUCCUGUCUAUCUCAACGUCUAUGAUCUUACUCCUGUCAACAAUUAUCUCUAUUGGUUCGGCCUUGGCAUAUUUCACUCUGGCAUUGAAGCUCAUGGUUUCGAAUAUGGAUAUGGGGCUCAUGAGUAUUCGAGCAGUGGGGUAUUUGAGGUUGAACCUAGGAGCUGUCCGGGUUUCAUCUUUAGGCGGUCUGUUUUGUUGGGAACCACCAGCAUGUCUCGCACAGAUUUCCGCUCAUUCAUGGAGAAGCUUUCGAGAAAGUAUCAUGGGGACACAUACCAUCUGAUUGCCAAAAACUGUAACCAUUUCACAGAAGAAGUAUGCUUGCAGGUAACAGGAAAGCCUAUUCCCGGAUGGAUUAAUCGGAUGGCUCGAGUUGGUUCUUUCUGUAACUGUAUCCUUCCAGAAAGCAUACAGAUCUCAUCGGUUAAUCAUCCCGAAGCCCUCGAGUUCUCUGAUGAUAACGAUGGAUCAGAAGAGUCAGUUGCAUCUUCUGUGUCGUACGAAACAGAUGGAGAAGGAUCGGAUCAUCAUCUGAUAACAGCACCAAACAGCGACAUUGCGUAUCUACAAGACAGACCAGUGCGACUUGCCCGUGAGCUCCUCCAAGAACCAGAUGAUGAUGAUGAUGAUGCAUCUCCUGAGUUGUUGUUGCAGCGAUCUUGAUCAUGAUCAUCAUCAAGAAGUUGUGUUGUCUGUAAACAGAAGUGAGGCAAUGGGUCCAUUUUGAGUAUUCUGAUUCUUUGGAUCUAGAAAUGUAAAAAUAGAAAAGAAAAAAAAAAAAAGAAGAUGUGAAAUUUAAAUGAGAACCCAUCUCAAGAUUGUUGGAGUGUAGUGUAAGAUUAGAGACGACAAAUGGUGUGAACUUGUCGACACAAAUUGUGCCUUCUUCUUCUCU